GGGUGGCAUCACAUUACCAUGGUAACAAAAUGUCUGGAUCCUAACGUAGAGUCGUUCUUGAAAGAGACGAUCAUUUGCAUUUAUGUCUGAUGGAAGAAAAUUAUGGGCUAUUGUAUCGUUCCCUCACAGUGCAAUCAUGCUAUGGUAUGAUAUGGUAUUUUAAGCUGCUCCCCAAAAGUGACAACUUUAAUGAAAUCCUUGCUUGACUGAGCAGCCAUUUUUUUUAUAGACAAGAGAAUUUUAUUUAUACUAAUAUUAUGUGGAAUUAUUGCUUUGUCAGGGAUAUUAUCAGCUGGGACACUGAAUUGUCAAGUUUUACAGAAGGCGACGAGGUACCUUACAAAUUAUAUGUAAAAAUUCUAGAAUCAGUUUGGUUGUGCUGUUACAAGAUCAUUAUUUUAAACCUUUUAUGUCGUUUCAUGUAAUAUUGCACAAAGUGUCAUUUCUUUGGCCACCAACCAAUAUUUUAUGUAAUUUUUUUACUGUAUUGUUUACCAGUGGAGCAGUUAAUAGGAGUUUUUAAGAACACGUUGAAAUGUUUCUGUGGAUUCCAGAUCAAAUUGGAAUGUGGAAGUGUUGGUUUUUAAGCAGGGGAAUCCAGAGUACCCCGCAGAAAAACCCCUCAGAGCAAGGGAGAGAACCAAUCACAAACUCAACCAACGUAAUAUUUUGUUGUCAACUCUGUAAUUCGAACCUGGGCCACAUUGGUGGGAGGUUGGUGGUCUCACCAUUGCACCACUCACCUCUGUCUCUCCUAGAGAGACUUUUGAUUUGACUUUGUAUAAAAUUGCUGCUUAAGACUGUGGAAAGCAAUUCAAGGAAAUAGAUGUUCAGGUGUAUUAACAAAAUUCAGUGCCGAUACACUGUAUGUCUGACUCCAAAAUCCCUAGAGAUUCCCACAUUUAUCGUGCCUUGACAAGAUCGGUAGAUACACUGUACAGUUCUUCUACUCAGAGGCUACAGUUCACUCUGGUUCUUAUUUUCAGAUAUCUGUAGAAAGAAUAGAGGACCUUCCAGAGACAAGUUAUAUUUCCCAUAGUUUUGUAAGUUUUAUCUUUACCGUUUUCGUGAUGAAAAUUUAUUGUGACAGUCUUUUGUAGAUGUGAAAAAAUCCACUUAAUCCUGUUUAUCACAAUAUUUAAACUUUCAGUUUUUUUACCUACAGGGCUGUCAUUAAAAGGUGGAGGUCGGGGAUUUUCCCUGGCUGCUAUGAACAGGGUCCCAGGUUUCUUUCUUUGGAAAUGGAAUAAAAAUAGAACCAAAAGAAACCCCUAGCUGUUGUAUUCCCCAUCUGCUUGUUGUAUGUACCUGGCAACUCGAAAUCUUAGUGACAUCCCUGUUUUUAGGUUCUGUAUUCCAUCAUGACAUUCAAGUACAUUAAAACAUACAUGUACAGGAGGGAUAAGUUGGGGAGAUUAGUUGGUGUUUUGCUGGGGGACCACGUACUGUUAUCAAGGAAAAACGUAUGGUCUUGUUAAGUUUGUUAUAUACUGUAGAUAUUUUGAGCAGAUCAAGUUAAUGGGCUGUCUCUUACAUAUUCAUCUAUGUUAAAUACUGUUCUUGCACAUUACAGCUAAUUGAGUCUUGGCUGUGCUCUGAGGAAAAUUGAACAGAGGCCAUUGCUAUGAACCCGUAAAAUCUAGGGUGCCCAGCAUAUGAUUUGUAUGAAAAAACUAAGAUUUUCUAGUCACCUGAGAGCAAGAGUGGGCUCUGCACACACAGCCUUGUGAGUGUUUCAGUAACGUAUCUCUUGGGCACCACUUGUUCCUGGUAACAGUAUCAAUAAAAUACUAAACCUCUUUUUUCAGACAAGGAAGACAUUUUUGACUUUCCCACCAUGCGACAGUUGCAAGCAGAUUCUAAUAAAAGGAUUCAGGUUUGGCAACUUCUUUGCUUUCACCAGGUCGACCAAAUGAAUUGGGGUUAUUUUUUGCAAGCUAAAAGCUGCACCACUGUUUUAGAGAUACUGAUUUUAGAAUUUUUUCUUUAGAAUUUUAUUACAAUCCUUAUUAUUUGAUAAGAAAUGUACCCCUGCAGGUUUCUUGAGCAUGAAGGAGGUGUCGCCCCUUUUAUAAAACAAGGAAAAUUUAUACAUUGUAUUCUCCACGCAUUUCUCUUAUUAUUAUUUACAUGUUACUUUGUUGUAAUGCUAAUAAGAUGAAUUUGCUUAAAUAUUUAAGAAUAGUAGUGCUUUAUGAAAACCUGACUUUUUUAAUAAGUAUUAUCCUUUCUUUGUUGCACAAUUUGCAUAGGUGUCAAACUUGUGGUUACAAAUUUCAUCAACGUUGUGCCGGAACAGUUCCUCCAUUCUGUGGCCAAGCUGUUGUUGGGUGAGUGGGGUGAAGCCCUUUAACCUUAAUAUCAUAAGAGGUAGAUCUGCAAGUGCUUACUAUUGUGAGAUCAAAGUUUUUUAUCGAGACUCGCGCACAUAAACUGUCACGGGAUUUGAAAAAUAACAGCUGGGCUAAAAGUUAAGUCCCAAGAGUUACCCAUGUCAAGAUUCUUCUGACAUUAUUAAUACAUUAUCAACAGUAGCUUGCGUAGCAGGCGCCGGUUUGUUAUUUUUGGGCAAAGGAAGAAAUCUCCAGGAUGCACAAGGGGAGUGUGCGUGUUCCUCUCUUGUGGCCUUUAACAAAAAUAACUGGCACCUGCUAUGCAGGCUACAUCAAGAGUUCUAAAAGGCUAUGAGAUUUGAUAAAAAUGAUGAUCUUCUAAGUGAAAAUGCUGCUAUCGUUUCUCAAAUUCUCUCAACUACAGUAGUAACUACCGUAGUUCUUAUGGAGAUCUGUCUGGAGAAUUUGUAUGUUGAUAUUCGGGCUUAAAGUAUGAUAACAAGUGAUGGCUCUGCACCCACGCCAAGUAUUUUUGUUAAUCGUUGUUAGUUGGAGACUAGUCCUGGGGUUUGAAAAUCAAGAGCCUUAUUGUUGCUACAAUCGGCGACAAAAUUAUCGAGACAUUGUACGUAAAUAGGGUAACAUCGGAGAACAAAAGAAUCCACACCCCUCCCCUGUCGCCUCCAUUCAAAGUUGGGGUGUUUGUUGUUUUCUAUAGGUAGCUAGAACAAGGGCACAACAUUGCAUGGAGGGGAUGGGGGAGGAAAGCUAUAUUUCCUCCUUUUGAAGUCCAUAAAACGUAGAAAAGCCCAGUUUUGGGCGAAGUGUCUCAACUCAUUUUGUCGUCGAUUGUAGCUUGGCAGUGUUGUAACUGUAGAUUGUUGUUGUUUAGGGAAGAAGAAUGCCAUUUAGUUUUGCUUGAUAAAUUUCUGGAAAAGUGGAAUAAGCUGAAAUUGUUAGUUUGGUCAUCUUGCCACUAAACGUUUGCUUUUCUGCACAUUGCGUGAACACUGCAGUCAUUACAUAUUUAUAAGUGUUUUAUUGCACUCUAAUGCUCCAAAGGUUAUUUAUUUAUUUAUUAUUUAUUUACCCAUAUAGCAACCCCUCAAAAAGAGGAUUAUUAGCCAUUGAAGGCUAACAGCUUAGGUUAAGCUGUUUGAAAAGAAAACAAACAAACAUAUAAACAAAAAACUAGGUAUUACCAGGUUUAGAGUGUUUGGGUAAUGUAUGAAACACUUUUUUAUGCGUUUGUCGACAGUGAUGAGUAAUCUUCAAGAAAUUCUAGGGGGAAUUAAUGAAAUUUUUUGGUGACUGUUUUUUAAUUAUUAUUAGUUCCUGGUUAUUUAUCAACAGUAAAAUUUAUUACCUUCCAAAAUUCUCAUGCCAUUAUUGGAAUGACUUCCUGCCACAGAGCAACUUUGGAAAAAAGGGGCUUUUGUCAAAGGACCCUUUGCUAAAGUGAUUUGCUUUAUUUUCUCCUCGCUAAUAAUUUAUUGAAAUUUUUUGGUGACUGUUAAUUAACUAAUUCCUGGUUAUUAACAAUAAAAUUUAUUACCUUCUGCACGACUUGACCGGUUACCCGGUGUUGAAUAUUUCAGGUUACUUUCAGAGCUACCCGCGUUUAUUCCAGAUGAUCAGAGCUCAGAAAUGUCGGCAAGUGAAUCGUUCGCCAUAUCAAGGGAACGCUCAGUAUCCGCACCAGACGUCUACAGAAGUCGAAUCAUCAGUGGGCAUGCUCCUUUGGUUAGUAGGGACGCAAUGACUUGGGGGCGAAAUGAUCUGUAACUAUUGUAAUUGUGGUCGUUUCGCCCAAAGACGUCUUGCCCCAUGUAAAGUCUUCUAUUCUGGAUUCCACGCCGUUCGUUCCGGAUUACAGGCACUGGAUUCCGGAUUCAAAUUGUUAGCGGGAUUUCUGAUACAUUGAGCUGAAUUCCGAAUUUUCCAAAGGCUUGGAUUCCGCAUUCCGCAAGCACAAAUCUCACAGAUUCUGGAUUCCAUAAGAAAGAAAUUAAAAUUUUCCGGAUUCCGGAAUCUGGAUUGCCGUACACGGGGCAAGACGUCUCACCCGGACUUAAGUUGACACGACACUUAGUACUUCUCAGAGAUAUUACUUUAGUUAAGCUUGUAUUCCAUUUCUACGAUUUUGAGAAACGUCCAUCGAUUUGAAUAUUUAUUUACUCAUUUAUGUAUGUUUCUUAUGGAAGUUAGGCUAGGAGAAAGAAGUUUAAAACUUUUUAUGUGUUGUUGAUUCUUUUCAAAGGAACCCUUUGUUCCAACAUUUGGAAACGAUGGUGCCUGCACAGUAUCAGGUAUGUUUUUGGAUGUUUAAUUUUCGUUUUUCAAAAGUUACUUCUUGUCUCUAUACUAAAGCAGUACACUAGAAAUAUCAAAAAAAUGCCUAGCGCAGCCAAACUAUGUCGAUAAAACGAAGAAAAAUGUAUUGAACGACUAUAAAAAGAGUAAGGUGCAGUUUGUACAUGAACGUCAGCAGGCCAGGCCCCGUCUACACGAAUUCGGACACUUUUCAGUGGUGGAUCCAAGGGAGCGGUCCUCCCCCCUUAUUUUUUCUGAGGCCCGAAGGGCCGGAAAAAAUUUUUUUUUUGAUACUGCUCCCCCCUUCCCCCCCCUUAUCUGAAGGUCUGGGUUCGCCACUGCUUUUGAAACCGCAAAACUCGGUUUCACUCGGUUUUUCACUCGGUUUCACUCGGUUUCGUGUGGACGGGGCCUUUAACCUCCAUGGAGAGCGUUCACACAAAGAACGUUCGUGUGGGCGGAAAGUCGAUUCGCGAAACAAAAAAUGAAUAAAAAUGAAACAAAAUAAAAAAAAAUUCGGGGACACUGUACCGCUGAACGAGUAUUAAAUUUUGAAUUUUUUCUUCCCGCAGGUGUUGAAUCAAGCCAGAUACUCCAAAGAAGGCAUAGCCGGACCGUCAGUGUUGGCGCCGCUAAUCCAAGACCGUUUACAGACAGCAAGAACAGCGUAGUUCCAAACAACUUGCACCCGAACAACAAAAUUGAACAACCACAUACAAUGUCCGUUCCGAAUGGGACCGUCAUGAGUGAGCGGCCAUCCAGUCCGCAGAAACCCAAAAGACCGGUGAGUUGCAGAUCAGAACUUAUAGGCUUUUACAUCUUUAUUUGAAUUACUGUAUUGCUUGCUUUUGUUGUGCGUUGGAAUCGUGCUUUCAAAGGCAUAAAUGGCGAAAGGAAGACUGGAAGCUUAAGGGUUCGUGAUAGAUUCUUCCAAAAGUUGACAACCAGUAGUUCUUAUAGGGAGCUCAAGCAUCGACGACAGCGACGGCAAAGAAAACAGUAAAAAAGCAGUAGGUUUAGAUUGACAAAACAACAGCUUUGCACGUGCAUCACGCUUUUUUUUUUACAUUUCUUUGCCGUCACUGCACGACCAUAACGUUCACGGUUGAGGACGGGAAGGCAAGACAAAAACUUUCUUUUUCUUUUCCUGAACUUUGAUACAGUGUUUUAGAAUUCAACUCCAAAAACAUUUGUCAACAUUUGACGAAGUAAACGAGAUGGAAUAAGCGCGAUAAAGUUUGAAGCAGCGCGACUUCACUGUUUUAGUGACGUUUUAAAAGCCUUUGCCGUCGUUUUUGCUUAAGCUCCCUAUCUACCCUCUAAGCCUCAAUAUCCACAUACAAAUUCUCCAAACUGAUCUCUAUACAUUUCCUUAAAGAAUGUGUUGAGAGAAUUUGAUAAAAGAUCAAAGCAUUUUCUCGUAGGUGAUCAAUUUAUUAAUUCUUAUAACCUAAUCUCUGGACAAUCUAUGGAUAUGGUUAGGAGAAAAUUGAUAUUGGUCACCACUAGGACUUAAAGGGUUAAGACUGGAGGUUGAAGGGAGGGGGGUAGCAGUGAGGGUCGGGGCAGGGAGGGAGAGUUUUCUUUUCCUUCUUUCUCCGAUCCAUCUCCGGUUUGGACCAGCUCCCCUCAGCCUCUUCCUUUAAGAUUCUGUUAGAGAGCUACGAACUCAACCGCGGCCACCCCGUGAAACGUUUUGCCCAAUCACUGGUCACGUUGACAGGUUAAAAUUUCUGAAUCGAUAGCCAAUCAAAAGCGUCGCUGGCCCCGGUGAGUUCUUUGCAAUGCGAGUAGUCACUGACUAACGACGUGUCCAGUUCUUUCUACUGUCAAUCUAAACUAAGCGGCCCUUAGCCAUUGUGCAAGCGCUACCGUCUAACAUAGGUUUGACUGUAUUAAAUGAGGGUAAAUGCAAAACAAGGUCUGUUACUUCUUUUUUUGCUUCAGAUUCAACGAUUACGAACCAAUUCUACAGAUGACUGGGAAAUCCCUGAAGGAGAAGUCCACAGGGGUCCACGGAUAGGAUCAGGUUCAUACGGGACAGUAUACAGAGGGACAUGGCAUGGUAUGCUGGAUUUUUUAAGACAGCAACUGGCCCGUGAAUACGGCUGAGGUCCAUUACCAUUUCGAGCUUAACUCUUUCAGGUCCAAUAGCAAAAUAGGCAACAAUUUGAGCUGCGUAAAAUUCUGAUCGCUUCUAUGGCAUCAAAGCUUUACGAAGGGAACAAAAAUUGCCUGUGUUGCGUAAUUCAACCGAAUGGGAAAACAAUGACUUGCAAGAUCACUUUCCGAAGUAGGACCGAGGCUUCACCAAACAUGACAAUUUGAAGUGGUUGGUAGAACCUAGGGUACUCUGCCAGCGGAGCUUUUCUUUCGCUUGCUCAAUUUUGGCGUACUCAAGAAAGACUCUGCACGAGUAACAUCUUUGUUGAGCAUGCGCGGCAUGUUGCUAGGAUAUAGUUUCGAACCCAGGCCUCGUGCACUUGGUAUAGUUGGCUCAGUUACGACCAUCGGUUUAUCAGUGAACAGAAGCUUGCACUCGAAAAAAAAACCUGUUUGACGAGAGAAAACACGAUUGGCUAGUCCAAAAAAUCGGGCUGCGGCCACUUUAAAGGCUUGACGCGAUUCGGGCAUAGUGUGCUUUUCUUCUUUUCGGUCAAGAAGAAGACAAGAGGAGGCUUUGCACGCAGGGAGGAACGAGGGGUCCUCACUUCAGUUCAGAACUUAUCGGUAUGCAUAACAUGCUAUUCAUUUUUUUUAUUAAUGUGUUUGUAUGAUAGGCGCUGUGGCUAUAAAAACACUGAAUGUUUCAGAACCCAGUCCACAGCAGUUGCAGGGAUUCAAAAAUGAAGUCGCUGUAUUAAGGUGAGUGACAGGAAGUGUGUACAGUAGUCUCCUGCGCAGACGUCCGUUUGGCUUGUCACGCACUUGAGAAGAUGCGUUGCGUGACGAGCCUAAACCCUGGGCCUGGUUCUUGAAAGGUAACCUGCGAUCACGCGCUCUUUUUUUUUCGCGGGGAAGCGCUAAAUUCGGCGACAGGAAAAGGAAGACGGACUUCCUGAUCGCGGGUUACUUGAAAGGCUGAUUAGUAUUAAUCCAGGAUUGGAAUCUUUAAUCUAUAACUGCAUUUACCUUCCUUUAUAUUGUGUAGAGGAUUAUUUUGCGUUACCUUAAAUGGAUCUUGGGGUAAAGGCUCAAUAGUAGAGUGAUUUAGCAACAGAAGGAGAACGUCAUUACACUACCGAAAGACGCGCGGAGAGGACUGAGGACAAGCCGGUUUUUAGGACUGGUCAAGCCGGUUUUUAAUUUGCGCGCGCCGCCGUCACUGCCGUCCCGUUUGCCUAAUGUAUUUUAUAAGUUUCAGUUGCAUGUUCUUAGAAAAGGAAGCUUUGCUUAAAAUUUGGCUUUUCCCUGGGUUCAGUUAACUUAAUCGUCUUCUUGGACCGGCCCUGGUUUUCAAAAGCAUGAGUCUCCAGGCUUCCCCUGGGGGGGAGAGGUAUGCUGUCUCUUUGUCGGUCAUUUUUGAGACUGCCUGUCGCCUGGUUGCUCAGGAAAAAUCAGUCUUGUCUCGAACGAAAACGAGCGCGGACGCAAGCUGUUGCACAGGAAAAGGAAAAAAACUUACCACUCAUAAUGCCACCCAUAAUUUCGCAUUUUGGGGAGCAAGGGAUGGCGCAGUGCUGAGAGCACUCGCCUCCCACCAAUGUGGCCCGGGUUCAAAUCCCGGCGUCGACGCCAUAUGUGGGUUAAGUUUGUUGUUGGUUCUCUCCCUUGCUCCGAGAGGUUUUUCUCUGGGUACUCCGGUUUUCCCCUCUCCUCAAAAAGCAACAUUUUCCAUUUCCAAUUCGACCAGGAAUCAGGUAGACGAAGAACCACUAUGUGGAUGUGCUACCUGCAAAUCGUUAUUUAUUUAUUUUGUUUUUCUCUUUAGAAAAACACGCCAUGUAAAUAUCCUUUUAUUUAUGGGCUGCAUGGCUAAACCUGAGCUUGCUAUAGUGACCCAGUGGUGCGAAGGUUCCACCUUAUAUCGUCAUAUCCACGUCACAGAAAGCAGAUUUGAAGUUCUGCAGCUACUCGACAUUGCGAGACAAACAGCGCAAGGGAUGGAGUAAGUGACCAUCUCUAAGUCAUUAGAGAUGUUAAGCAACCACGAAGCGGACGGCAACGAAAACACCACUUAUAAAAUGAAUUUGUUCUCUUCCAAACGUCAUCGUGAUUAUUCCAAUUGCUCAGAAUUUUCUUGGAGCUGAAUUCUAAGGGACCGCAACAAGGCUCGGUAGGCAAAAAAGCAACUACAAUCUUAUAUUUAUGUUCUUCGUAAAACUUUGUUUACAGAAUUUUACAUCUUAGUCGACGCACGUGCAGAGUUGGUGUUUGGUUUAAAAAACUAUUGCCUUUUUGAUGUUUUCGUUGCCGUUUUCGUCUUCAUCUUCGUUGCUUAAAGAGCCUAAUAUAUUUACGCAAUCAUGGUACAUGUACCGUUAAUUAUUUUAGUCCAUAAAUCUGGACCUUUGGCGAAAUUUCACCAAAUUUGUUAUUUGUGCUUAAGUCAUUUUAUUCAUCAUACACGCUUCCCUCUUCCGAAAUCUCGGCCUUUAGCAAAUUUUGAUCACAGUCGACAUAUUUUUUUCAUCGAUUUCAUAGCUGAUGACACUCCCGCUCAGAUAAUACGCACAUAUCUGGACCUUCGAAAAAAUUUCGUGUUUUAGUGAAGUUGAACCAAGUAAUGAUAUCAUUGAUUGGUUCAUCCCUGAUAACGUUUAUUUGUGGUUAUUUCUUAAUGUCUUGUUUUGUGUGUCCACAGUUAUCUCCAUGCAAAGUCCAUAAUUCACAGAGAUCUCAAAACAAAUAGUAUCCUUGAACAAUCGCGGGUAUCGUUGUAGUGAUAGACACUUAAAAAAAUGCUUGUCCCACGAUAUGGGGUGAUUAAAGAAUUACAGCAUUGCUUGACUGGGAAAGAAGCCAACUAACGUUUGCGUUUUUUGCUGCCGUCAAUCAUCUUUCUUUCAAAAUUUACUUUAACGGGUGGAAAAGUUCGUUAGCCUAUGAGUACAGCCGUCUCUUGCCGCUCUGUAUUCGCAGGCUGAAAAGUCCAUGUUGGAUUUCGAUCCGUUUUGUGAGUUUCUGUGUUUCAAGGUUCUUUGCUUACGAUAGUAAUCAUGAUUGACAGCAAAAAACGCAAUUAUGAAGUUGGAUGUUAAAUUUCAGAGUUCGCUUGGUUUUUAAAGACGCAAUGAAGAAGACUGAACUGUACGUAAAUGGCGGGAUAGUUAAGUAAAGUAAUAACAAUAUUCUGCUGCGGGUCGUUGCCGUUACACGUCGAAAUCCUUGACUCUGUUUAGACAUUUUUCUCCAGGAGGAUUUGACUGUCAAAAUAGGUGAUUUCGGUUUAGCUACAAUCAAGUCACGCUGGAGUGGAAAUCAGAAUUUUGAACAGCCGUCUGGGUCUAUUCUGUGGAUGGUAAGAUUUUUAGUCAGAUAAAGAGGAUGCAAACUUCAGUUAACCCCUAACAGUGCCUUAGUAGAUGGAAAAUCCCCAACUUUUUUAAAAUAUGAAAAAAAAAAUAGAAAGUAAUACAGUUUGGCCAGAAUAAUUUCAAAAUCCAAUAAAUACGAUACAGUUUGGCCUCCCCGCCCAGAAUAAUAUUUAAAAUUCCAAAAAUAAAUAUGAAAUGCAGACGCGGAUCGUUUAAACAAGGGGGAGGGUGCAGGGGCAUGCGAAUAGGACUCAAACUAUCCCUUACAAAGGGCACAUUUCGUUUGAAAUUUAUCUAAGACGGGUCUUAUCUAAGAACAGCCCCUAACACCUGUUCUUCGAUAAGACGCGCCUUAGCUAAGUCGCGUCUUAAUAUGCCGUUUAUACGGGACAGUCUGCGUCUUAUCUAGGAUGCGUCUAAUGGCGAUUUUACUUUAUUUUAUAAACACCAAUGAAAUAACAGUUGAGCUUUAGCGCGAAACAUGAUAUCUUCACAUGUGAAAGUAACAUGUUAUGAUCACCGUUGCUGUGGCUACAUAAUAGAUCGCGCCUUUCGCAGCAAAAAUAUUAAAGUGAAAUGUUUGGUUUUUCAUUGGUGUUUAUGUAAUAAAUAGAACAUAACAUGACCGCUUGGAGAUAGGAAAUUUCUCUUCUCUUGUUGUAAAAUAAUUCACUGGCUCGCUGCGCUCACUCGUGAAUUAUUUUUCAACGCUGGAAGAAAAAUUUCAUACCUUCCGAGCGGCUAUGUAAUAUCCUCUAUAUAUUCAUGACUGAUAGUGGAUAUGUCGUCCUUGUUGUUGAUGCUCCAUAGGCGCCUGAAGUGAUCAGAAUGAAGGACCCAAAUCCUUUUUCCUUCCACUCGGAUAUUUACGCAUAUGGUAUCGUGCUUUACGAACUGCAAACGAGUUCUUUACCUUAUGCACACGUGGGCAACAAAGACCAGGUACUAGCUACUAGUAUUUUCCUUUUUUUGUUCGAGUGUUGUACUAUUAUUGCAAUAGUAUUAGACCAGUAUUGUACAACCCAUGUGAGGUAAUAGCGAGGUUGCGACUUUUCGCAGUGCACUUAAACAUACAGCAUGGGCCUCGUUUUUUUUUUCUCCUUGUUUUUCUUUUUGUCACAAGGCAAGCAACAUAAUACUUAACAAAAAUAUACUCUCUUUUUUGUAACUAACAGCUUGCACGUUCGUCUGCAAGGCUACAUGUAACACAUACAGUGCGUCAAACUUAGAAAAUAAUUUUUCCCAUACUAGACAGGUAUUUUACCGUGCGUAGGGUUUUACAAAAGGAUCCUGAGUUAGCUUCGUUUUGCGUGUUUUUUUUUUUAUUUAUUUAUUUAAGUUUAAAAUAACUUUGAGUUAUUUUUGGUUUCGAUCCAUUUGUUUGUGUUCAUUCUUCAGAUUCUUUACAUGGUUGGUCGAGGUUACCUGAAACCAGACUUGAGUAAACUUCGGACUGACAUACCGAAAAGUUUCAAGAAUCUUUUAAUGGAUUGUAUCAAGUUCAACAGGGAUGAACGUCCUCUUUUUCCACAGGUACGUUGUUAUGACAUCAACAAAGCUUCGCCUAAAACUGCGCGGCCGGCAGCCGCGUCCCUUGCGCUUUUUCUCAACUUUUGACCCGGACAAGCUCCCCAAAAUUAGUAAAAUUGCCCAGCUUGAAAGUGAUUUGUUGAAAGCUAAGGACGAUUCAGCUCCUCAAAGUCGCGAAAUUUUAUAGACGUUUUUAUGGGGGAGGGGGGUGGGGCAGAAACUUGCCCCCACCCCACCAUACAAACGUCUGUUAAUUUUUGCAACUUUCCGGAGCUAUAUCGUUGCUCGCUUAAGACGUGUCACUUUCGAAUUUGGCCGUCUUACGUCUUUUAAGGCGGCUUUCUUACGUCUUUUCAAAAGUUGAGGCGCAGGAUCUAUUGAACGUUAGUGGUAGGUCGACGUCCUCUUUUCCAGAGUUCCCAUUAACUGACAAAAACUACAUGACUUUUUUCAAAAUCCGGGGACUUUUAUUUGAAAUCAAUCUUCCCGCGCGUGGUAAUUUCCGGUAAAAAAUGCACUUCCGGUUCUCAAUUGGAACGUUUAACAAUGCUCAAAACGGAACUUUUUGCACAUUGUAUAUUUCUGAUUCUUUAAAAGUUGCAUUGGUAAUCGUUCAUUCGCAAUUGCGCGUUGGGCAUAUGGGCAUACGGAACGCACUGCAAUUAUUUCUUUAUUGACCGCAAAACAAUAGCUUCCUGAUGUGCAAUUGCGGAAGUAUUUUUAAUGAAUUUGGACUUGGUAUACAUAAACAGACUUUUUGUAUUCUCUAUAUCCUCUUAGGCAUAUGUACCCUUUUUUUUAGCGCACUUUUUCCAUUCAAAAUGACAGUCUUAGCAAACUCGUGGGCAAGUUUGCGGUAAUACUAUGAGAAACUGUUCCGUUAAAAACAGGGUUCUAAAUUCCAAGAAAAUGCAGAUGCAAGUCGCCUUAAAUGAGUCCUAAGCACGGUUUUUUGAUGGAGCUGCGAGCCACAAUGCUCUUCUGUUUCUUUAUGUCUUUUCUAUCUGGGGUUUUGUCUGUUUUUUCACUGUACGCGAAUGGAGUGGCGGGGAACGAAUUUCACACAUGCGUACAACACAACGGUCUCCUGUUCCAUCCCCUUGCUCCUAGGGUUGUAGCCAAUGGUUACGGUGUGCGGGCAAGAUCGAUCGAAGGUCAAACGCUCUUACUCCAACGCUGUGCUUUAUUUAUAUUCAAUUUUUUUUUCUUUAGGUCCUUACUUCGUUGGAGUCACUCAUUCGUUCAAUGCCGAAAAUUCACCGAAGUGCUUCCGAACCCAGCUCCCUAAAUCGUUGGGGCAGGAUGACGUCGGAAGUGGGCUUUUUCGGUGUUCCACCCGAGACUCCAAUCAGUCCUUUCGGGACUUACCAACCGUUUUUUACUGCAGUAUCAGGCUACUAAAUAACGCGGGUAUCGUUUGGAUGGAUGGUUGGAAUCCCAUGAAAAAUGCGCCAAGCAACAUUUCCCGUUUCGAGAAGUCGCACAAUAAAACCCAUGUUGGAAAGCCUGGUCGAGAAUGGACUUCAGCACGCCUGGAAUGAACAGACCGCGUAGACCUGGCGAUGCUCACAGUCACUGGUAAGGAAAACCAUCGUCGAUUGAUCGGCAGAUAUAAGCCACUUAUAUGCGAAGUGUAAAAAGACGCUUACUUCAUGCCAGAAUAUAAGCUGUACGCUUGUGUGCAGUGCUUAUUUUCUGAAAUUCUGUCGCACUGACAAUGACAGGAAUACUUGUCCUGAGCUACGGAGAGGAAAGAAUAUCACUGAUUUCAAUUUAACUGAGUUUGAGUUUAAAGUUCGUCCCGAAGAUGUGAAACUUAGGGAAGGAAAAAAUAUAUUUGAUGUAAAAUUACACGCAAGAGAUUUAAAUUAUGCCGUCAAGGCGUGUUUUUAUAGAAUGGCGUGUAGACUAACGCCGAGGAACGCGUUCAUUCCGCGGAAUGAAACUUUAACGAUUUUAAACUGUUUAUAGAAUUUUCCUCAUUGGGGUUUUUGGCAAUCUCAGUGAAAUUAGCUAAAUGAAAUAGUCAUUAUAUAGUGUAAAUAGUUUUGCCUGCUGCCACGCCUUGAAUACGGGGCAUAAAGCAUUUGUCACGUUUUAUAGAGAAAGAACAAAAAUCCAAUCGUCAUUCGGGCGCGUUGACUUUGCUAAAAGUUCGUUUAUGGUGUGACGUAAUAGAUUCGGUCCCUAUCUAUGACAUUAGUAAGCAGACGUUUUUUUACUUUUUAUCUGAGCAUCGUAGGUAAAAAAAAAUCUGGCCUUAACGUCCUAAAUUUUCAUGUUGCCUGUAUGUAGAUGAGUGUUCGUAUUCAGGGUUUUAUCUAAGAAUUGACCACAUGGGUCGACCACAUGGGUCCCCUUGUGACACGGGACAGGGUCCCCCUGUUUCAAGAAGGAGGGCCCAAACAAUGUGACAUUUUUUGCCAACUGGUUUGAAAUUUCUUUUCUUCUUUGUUCUGCUUGUUUUCCUUUUUUAUUGUCUUCAUGCUAAUUUUCAUCUUCGCUACCAUUUGACCAGUAAGCUCGAGUAUAUUUUCAGUUAUUACUUAAAUUAUCUGAAAAAGUAAAAAACUUUUUCGUGACUCUAUAGCUCGUUAAAAUAACUAGGGCGUGGUUUAUCUUCCUUUUCAUCCUUGGAUUAAAGGUUGACUGCAUGUAGUUGUGCUAUUUUCAACACAAGUAACCGGCAAAUUUGCUGUUGAAGUUUGUCAUUUGUGUUGCCGAACUUUUUUAACG